AUGGAUGAUGACAUCGAUGAAGCUGCAAGAAGUUGGAGGAGUAAACCUAAAGACUCAUUCCAGAAUGAACUUCAGGCAAAACUCAGGCAGCGGAAAUAUCAGGGAAUGUCAGUAGAUGUCUCAGACAGUGAUGAUAAUGAUCGUUCAAAUCCUGAAAUAGAUGGAACAAAACGUCCAACUGAUUACAGAAGAAGGCGCCGUCAAACCUCAGAUCUCAGUCAUGGCCUUGGGACUCAGACUAUGAGAACAAAAGACCUCUCUCACAUGCUUAAUGAUAACUUAUCUGAAGAUGAUGAUGUUGAUGAAGAGAUCAUUGCAGCAAACCUUGGUAGAUCAGCUUCUCGAGAAAGUGUGCAUUCUGGUGGCUUAAAGACACCAUCACCUAAACAAGAAUCAAAAUAUUUACGUAAACCAGCUAGGAAAGAGCAUUCUGAAAAUGUGAGUGCGUCUGGAAGGAAGACACCUGUGAAAGACACAAGCCCUCAUUCAUCUGUAUCUAAAGAAGAUGGAUUGUUUGGCAGAAGGACCCCAGUUAGCAAAGAGGAUAGAUCUAUCACUUUUCAUGAAAAUGAGCAUGAAGAUAAACAGUGGCAGCCACCAAAGUACCGAACUGUUUCACCAAAAGAUAGAGAGCCAAGCAGAGGAUCGCGUGGAGUUUCACCCAUUGACUCUAGCCUUGACCGAAUUGGGGAAAGUGCUGAAGAAAAGUUGGCCAAACAGAUUCUGAGAGGGCAGCGUGAAGGAACUGAUGUCUUGUCAGGCCAGAAUGACAAGCCAAAGCCACAGGUAAGAGGUAGAGCUGGUAAUAGAAGAACAUCACCACAUGCUGAGCAGCAAAGAAAAUCACCAUCUUCUCAGGAGGCAACAGGCAGUGCGAAGCGAACCACUCCUACUCUUGAUAUUUUUGGUCAGAGUAGAUCUGCAGCAGCUCAAGAGCUAGAAGAAUACAUGGAAAGUAAUAAUGACAAAGAAACAAAAGGAAGAAAAACACCUACUAGCAGGUCACACACCCCAGAAAUGAAACCGGGAACUAGAUCCAUACUUAAAACACCAGACAAAUCUGGAGUCAAGUUUGAUUUAGAGGAGAAAAAGUCCAAAGUAAGCAGAAAAAGCCCAAGAGAUUCACCAGAAAUAAAAACACCCUGGGACAAGAAGUCUUCAGAGAAAGGCAAGCCAUCUACUGCAGAAGAGCCAUCAUUAUUAGAUUUUCUGAUGGAAGAUGACAUAACAGCAAAGCCAAAACCUCAAGCAAGGGGAAGGCGUUCUAAGGGAAUGGGGCAUACAGAUUUUCUCGAUGAUAUAUUUGGAAAUACCCAGAAGAGGAUUUCUAAUGAAGAACGGACAUCACCAGGAACAGUUGGCAGAAAAUCACCAGCUCCAACUGGCAGAAAAACGCCAGAAUAUAUAAGAAAAUCUCCUGUCAUCAGUGAUAAGCAAGAAAAUAUAUUUAAGACAAUAGCUAAGAUCGAACAGACAGAAGAUACAAGUUCCAUAUGUGAAGAAAUUCCUCCUGAUCCUUACAGAAAACUGGCUAACCAAGAGAAUAGAUCAAAUAAUCAAACCACUGAGAGAGCUCAAGCAGAUGAUGCCAUUGAAACAGUUGCUAUCACACAAACAUUGAAGCACAUUGCAAUUGCAAGGAAAAUAAGGUCAAGAACAGUAAGUGCCAAAGUUCAGCACAGACCCAAGCCUCGCUAUGGUGACCAGUUGAACAAGUCUACAAAUUCUUUACAAGAGCAUCAUUUUAACAGCACAGGAGACAUCAGGGAAGCCAUUUAUGAAGAGUGGUAUAAGAUACAUUUAAAUUUAGCCCGAGAAAAGAAAAAAGAAGAAGAAAAGAAGGCUAAAGAGGAAGAGGAAAAGAAAAAGAAGGAAGUUGAAGAUAAACGUCUUGAGGCGGAAUUAUCAUAUAAAGCAUGGAUGGAACAGAAGAAAAAGAAACUUCAAGAAGUGUACAAAGAGAAGGAAAAGAAGGAAAAGCUGGAAAAAGAAAGACUGGAACAAGAGAAAAAGGAACAAAUAGAUAAAUCACGAAAGGUGUUUGAAACUUGGAAAGGCAAGAAAGAUGCUGUCAUUAAAACGGAGCUACAGAAAAAGAUUGAAGAGGCUAAGAAGAUUGAGAGGGAAAAGAAGCAGGAAUUGCUUAAAAAACAAAAGGAGCGAGAAAGUGUACACAAAAUAUGGUUAAAUAAAAAGGAAACGCAGCAUGUGAUACACAUAAAACAGGAAAAGAAACAUGAAAAGAACAAAAGAAGCUUUGAAGAGGAAUCAAAGGAUGAACUUAAAAAGAAGGAAAAGAGUGCUGAAAAUAUUUAUCUUGAAUGGCUAGAAAAGAAGGAAAAUCAAGCCAAACUUGACAAAGUAAAGGCUAGACGAAAAUUAGAGGAUGAGGAAGAAAAACCAGCCUGGUCACCAGCUAGUCGAAUUAUUCCAUUUGGUAGAUGA